CCUCUUAUCUCUGGGCUACACCUACUCCUACACAGUUCCCUUUGCCGCUGUUUUUUCGCAUCUUCUACCUUUCGUUCGGGCAGGAAUAGCUGGCCUGGACGGCAAACCGGCUUUCUAAUCUUCUCAGUGUCUUGGCGUGCAGAGAGAGUUGCGGGGUCCACAUCAGGCACGGCAUCUCUAUCCACCUCUAAGAUGGUGUAGCAGACAGCCCACGCUUCGGCAAUUGCGCAAGCUCGUUGACAAAGAGAAGCAAGUCACGUGUUGAGGGCGGCGAUAGAGCUCUUUCUCUCCGAUCCUCCUGCUAACAGUUGCUGUGUCCGCUGGCUUAAGAGAUGGAAUCUCAGCCUACGCUCUCUACCACGGUGGGGUACCUAGGUAUUCAUUGAGAGUUGAGGACUCUUUGGCAUCGCAAUUAAUGAGCCUGGCGGCCUUCACAUUCCUUUCAAGCGUCCAGAUCCGAUAUCUGACCCUAAGCUGGAGCCGUUACCCCGCGUUUUGCACGCCUCCCUGCAGAUCCACGCUGUACGUGUCCAUCGACGGCAACACCGAGGAUCUAACAGUAGAUUUGGAAUGGGCUAGACAUGGGCUUGCAGAAGAGUAUGUUUGGCUUGCGGUAUGCGGAUACGCAGAAAAGCGUGAAGUUAUUGACAUUGUGUGAGAGAGCUGGGAGGAGCGAUGGGAACGUGUUAGUGGAGCUGUUGGAGGUGCUCAGGGGAUGUUUGCGGGUGAGGAGGAAACGAGAGGAUGGUGGGGAUGAAGGGGAUGUAUUUGUUGAUGCUUGAUAAGCUUGUGGAGCAGAUAGUAGAUUCACGAAGUCAU